AUGAGCAGAACCCUCCUCCGCUCCCUCCUGGAGCUCCGAGCAACAGCCACCACCACCCGGCCUACCACCUCCCAGCUCCUCCGACCAUUCCUCGUCCGGCACCUUCACCAAACCCCCUCCCAAAUCGACCCCCUCCCCCAACAAACCCAACCACAACAACCCCCACCAUCACCAAACCAACCCCCCGCCGUCUCCCCCAUCCCCCGCUGCGGCGGCGCACCAAGAACCACCUCCCCCGCCACCCCAGAAACCCUCUCCCUCCUCCCCCUCCUCGCUCACCAGCCAGGCAAAAAGUACCUCCAGCUCUACAUCCAAGGCCAAGCCUACCUCGUCACGCCCGGGGACCAGAUCCGCCUCCCCUUCAAGAUGCCCGGUGUCGCCCCCGGGGACAUCCUCCGGCUUAACCGAGCUACCGCCAUCGGCUCAAGGGAUUUUACUCUGAAAGGUCAGCCGUACGUAGACGAGAACCUGUUUGAGUGCCGGGCUGUGGUGGAGGGGACGGAGGCGGAGCCGAUGCGCCUCAAGAUCAAGAAGAAGCAGAGGUGCAGGAGGACAAAGACUGUGAGGAGCAAGCACAAAUAUACUGUUCUGAGGGUUAGCGAGGUGAGAAUUAAGCUGCCGGGGCAGGAGGAGGAGGUAUAG